CAAAUUAACGCCAACGAGCUAGUUCUAAGAAGUCAACUUGUCUGUACUAACUAUUCACAAUGAUAUUGGAUGUUCAUCAGAUAAUUCUUACGAUUAGUAAAACAAAUUGAAUAUAUAUUCCAUGAGACUCAUUUGAAGUUGUACUCAUCCGUUGAUCAUGGCUCCUAAGCUCGGCUACUGGAAAAUCAGAGGCCUUGUACAACCAACUCGUCUUCUUUUGGAAUAUCUUGGCGAAGUAUAUGAAGAGCGUUUGUAUGAUCGCGAUGAUGAUGAUGUGUGGCGAAACGAAAAGUUCAAAUUAGGUCUGGAUUUUCCUAAUCUACCUUAUUAUAUUGAUGGUGAUGUUAAAUUAACACAGUCUAUGGCUAUUUUACGUUAUAUAGCUGAUAAACACAAUAUGUUGGGUGGUUGUCCUAAAGAACGUGCAGAAAUUUCUAUGAUUGAGGGAGCCAUUUUGGAUAUUAGACUUGGUGUUUCAAAAAUUGCAUAUAAUAAAGAAUUUGAAACUCUCAAAGUUGGUUUUCUUAACCAACUCCCUGGAAUGCUGAAAAUGUUUGAAAAUCGUUUAUCUCGCAAUAUAUAUUUGAAUGGUAAUAAUGUAACUCAUCUUGACUUCAUGCUGUAUGACGCUCUUGAUGUAGUUUUAUACAUAGACUCAACGUGCUUGAAUGGAUUUCCAAAAUUAAAUAGUUUCAAACAGCGUAUAGAAAAUUUACCACCAAUCAAGAACUAUCUGAAUUCUAACAGAUUCAUAAAUUGGCCUCUACAAGGCUGGUCCGCCAUUUUUGGUGGUGGAGAUGCUCCAAAAUAAAUUAACAAUGAUUCUUUUUGUGAACAUUAUUAAAUAAUUUUUAUAUCUGUGUUUACUAAAUAAAAAGUACUGAUGAAA